GCAGCCAUCGACCGGUGGCCGAUUUCGGAGUGGGAUCCGGUGGGAUCGGAGGCAUGGCCGAGCCAAGCCCCAAGCGCUUCUGCGGCCUGCGGCCGCGGGUCAUUCUGCUGGGGGACUCCCUCACCCAGCAGUCCUUUGCGCCCAACGGCUGGGGCGCCGCGUUGGCGGACGCCUACCAGCGCCGCUGCGACGUGCUGAACCGGGGCUACAGCGGCUACAACUCCCGGUGGGUGCUGCAGCUCCUCCGUUCCGGCGGAGGAUUUCCCGGCGACAGCGCGGACGCGGCGACGCGGGUGGUGACGUUGCUGCUGGGCGCCAACGAUGCGGUGCUGGAGGGGGAGAAGUCUCAAUAUGUACCAUUGGAAGAGUACAAGUCCAACCUGAGAGACAUUGUCUCCAUCAUCCGGGAGCGAUGUCCGCUAGCGAAGAUCCUGAUCAUUUGCCCACCGCCGGUGUGUGAGUGGCAGAGGUUGGAGUUUCAGAAGGAGCGCUUCGGAGACCAGGCCACUGGCAAGCCGGAGCGCACCAAUGAGAACACUGGGCGCUACGCUGCCGCUGCGUUGGAGGUCGCCGCGCAGUUGUCGCUGCCAUCGGUGAAUUUGUGGAAGCUGAUGCAGGAGGUGCCCUUCGAUUGGAGCGAGUUCCUGUGCGAUGGUCUGCACUUCACCGAGAAAGGCAACACCUUUGUGGGCAAGGCAGUGCUGAGGGAGAUUUCCGCAAGCUUGCCGAAUGUGGCCGUGGUGCCCUGCAAGCAUACCGGCGCCUACGGCAACUCUGGCUCCAGCAGCGAGAUCGCGAUCGACUGCCCCUUCUGGGACGACCUGGAUCUGGAGAACCCCUUGAAAUCCUUGGGCGCGUAGCCGUAGCCUUCCAAAAAAAGCACGAGGUGAUGUUUGUUUGUACCUGUGGAAGCCCCAAAGGGGGGUU